AACAGUUUCAGACUUUGAUUCCUUAAACACCAAGAAGCAGCUCCAGGACUGAUCUUCUUCUGAAGUUUCUCCAAAUAUCAGAGACCUUGAAGGAAGCGACUGAAGCAAAGAGCUUGAAAAAGGUCAAAGGGUACUAAUGAGUAGUGAGGAGACUCUACUGGAAUUUUAAGAUGGAAAGUGCUGCUCUGCUGUCAGUCCUGGUCCUGGUUCCACAGCUGGUGGGCGGUCUUCCUGGGGUUCCUCCUGUGGACUGCAGUGAUAUCUACGACCAGGACAACAGCAGAGCCAGUGGAGUUUACACCGUCUAUCCCAUAGAAGACACAUAUGGGGUCCAGGUGUACUGCGACAUGGAUUCCCUCGGAGGACAGUGGAUGGUCUUCCAGAGGAGGAUGGACGGUUCUCUGAACUUCUACAGACCCUGGGAUUAUUACAGGACGGGCUUUGGUUCUGCUGAUGGAGAGAUCUGGUUGGGUCUGGAGAAUCUCUUCCAGCUCUGUUUGAGGAAAAAAUAUGAGCUGCUGGUCGACAUGGAGGACUUUGAAGGAAACAAGGCGUACGCUCGCUACUCCUCCUUCUCCAUUGGUCCAGAGGAUGAAGGAUACAAACUGGAGGUGACGGGAUUCACUGAUGGAGGAGCAGGAAACGCUCUGAACUACCACAAUGGAAUGAAGUUCUCCACCUUUGACAAAGACCAGGACGCCUGGCAUGACAACUGUGCAAAACGAUUUUUAGGGGCGUUCUGGUACAAUGGCUGUAACCAUGCAAACCCUAACGGCAUUUAUCGCUGGGGGAGAGAUGAUUACUUCAAUUCAAUUGGAGUGGAGUGGGAUAACUGGAAGGGUCAGAACUAUUCUCUGAAGAGAAUCAGCUUUAAGAUCCGUCCUGUGAAAUAAAUCUGGAGGACAAACGUUCAAUAGUGCAGCUUGGUCUGCUGUGUAUAAAUAAUCUGUAGAAUCAUUCAACCAAACCGAGAUUUCCUGCUAUCAAUAAAGAAAAGCAAAGCAGAAA